UAUCCUGUCUGUCCCUCGCCUGCCCUAACCUGCUAACCUUCACCGACCUCCCCCAUACCGAGAAUCGCACCCCAGACACUGUAUAUAAGGCGGUUCGCUCUCUGUUGAUGCACACCUUUCUCAGCCAACAUGAAGCUCGUGCUCCUCGCCUGCCUGGUCGCUGCCGUCGCCGCUGCUCCCCAAUUGGAGCAAGGCUCGCAGCCGGUGGAGGACAGGCCCGUAGCAAUUGUCUAUGAGGAACGUACGGAUUCCGGGGACGGCAACUUCAAGUAUGCUUUUGAGGCCGACAACGGCAUCGCCGUGGACGUGUCCGGCACCCGUGGAGCUGAAGGCCAGAGCAACAUGGAGGGAACCUACAGGUUCACCCUUCCUGACGGCACUGUGGCCGAGGUUCGCUUCUUCGCCGACGAGAAUGGCUACCGCGCCGAGUCCCCGCUGAACCCCACGCCCCACCCUCUCCCCGCCCACGCCAUCGAGCAGAUCCGCAUCGCCGAGGAGCAGCGCGAGCAGGGCAUCACCUUCGAAUAAGCUAACCUUCUCAGACACGGGCGGCGCGGUAAGGCGCUAACAAUUUUGACCCACCUCUGUCAAGAGCCGCUGCCUCUGGACACAAUACCUUAAGUCGAUACAUGAACAAUAAAGCCUUUUAAGCAU